CUGAGGGGCUGAGAGCGAGCAUCCGGGGGCGGAGAGUCCCAGUGCUUCCUGUUCCGGCCGGAGAAGGGGCGUGGCUAGAGUUGUGGUGGGAGAGUUUCUCGCUCAGUGAGGAAAGUAGGAGACCUAGCAGCCAACAUGAGUCUGCAGUGGACCGCCGUGGCCACCUUCCUCUACGCCGAAGUCUUCGUUGUUCUGCUGCUCUGCAUCCCCUUCAUCUCCCCCAAAAGGUGGCAGAAGAUCUUCAAGUCCCGCCUGGUGGAGCUGGUUGUGACCUAUGGCAAUACCUUUUUUGUGGUUCUCAUUGUUAUCCUUGUCCUGCUGGUUAUUGAUGCUUUCCGUGAGAUUCGCAAGUAUGACGAUGUGACCGAGAAGGUGAACCUCCAGAACAACCCUGGGGCCGUGGAGCACUUUCAUAUGAAGCUCUUCCGUGCUCAAAGGAAUCUCUACAUUGCUGGCUUUUCGUUGCUGCUAUCUUUUCUGCUUCGACGCGUGGUGACACUCAUCUCCCAGCAGGCCAUACUGCUGGCCUCCAAUGAAGCAUUUAAGAAGCAGGCGGAGAGUGCUAGCGAGGCGGCCAAGAAGUACAUGGAGGAGAAUGAUGAGCUAAAGAAGGGGAUAGGUGUCAGUGGAGGCAAGUUGGAUGACAAGGACAGCCUGGGGAAGGUGCAGGAGGAGAACCAGAAUCUAAAGGCUGACCUGAAGAAGCUAAAGGAUGAGCUGGCUGCCAAUAAACAAAAGCUGGAGAAAGCUGAGAAUGAGGCUCUGGCCAUGCGCAAGCAGUCCCAGGGCCUGACCAAGGAGUACGACCGCCUGCUGGAAGAGCACGCCCGGCUGCAGGCAGCAGUUGAUGGACCCACAGACAAGAAGGUGGAGUGAGGCUUGGUGCCACUCUGCACUGCAUUGCACUGCACUCAAGUCUCCCCUCUGCUCCUGCUUGUGGCCCACUUCAGCGUCCGGGGCUGUCUUUGGGCUCAGCUCCCUUUCUUUAUUGCAUGUUCAAGUUCAAAGCCCCAAGAUUACUUCGGUGCUGCCAAGAAGGUGUGAGGAGGCAGCUAAGUGUCUUGGGGUUAAUAAAAGUUCUAUUAUCAGUA